GUUAGAUGUAGCGGUGUACAUGUGGCACUUGCUUUAUUCAUCAAGUGAGUAUAAAAAGCUGCUCUUUGUCUCCAACCUCCAACAUCUCUUCUGCUCUCUUUCUCAACGGUCAGCGUCAAAGGCUCAUCAAGCACUAUGUCUGGGACUGCACUGUAUGUGUCUUUGCUGUGCUUUCUUACGGUCUGCUCAGCCUGUUACAUCUCUAACUGCCCAAUAGGUGGCAAAAGAUCCUUGAUAGAUGCACCAGCUCGCAAGUGUAUAGCAUGUGGUCCCAGGGACAGGGGCCACUGCUUUGGUCCCAGUAUUUGCUGUGCAGCAGGUUUAGGCUGCUCUGUGGGCUCUCCUGAAGCGGCAAGCUGCAUGGAGGAGAACUACAUUCCCACUCCAUGUGAGAAUGGAGGAAGAGCAUGUGGAUCUGAGGGGGGGCGCUGUGCUGCUCCAGGUGUCUGCUGUAACUCAGAGGGCUGCAGCACUGAUCUGACAUGUCUGGGUGAUGAUGAAUCUGAUCCAGAGAGCAGUGAUGGCCCUGGUGGAGAUCUCCUCAUGAAGCUGCUGCAUGUGACCAGACAGCAUUUGGCCAGCAGAAUUCACCAGUGAGCCUCUGUGAAACCAGCGCUGGAUUUGUUUGAUUUUUAUAUUAUUGGCGCUCUUCACUAGCUCUUAUACACUAUAAUGCACUCCUAUUUAAAAUGGCUUUGUGUCCACUAUAAUUAGGGUAUCAUUUAUGGAUUAACAUGUAGUGGCUAUGAUGGUUACUGACUGAUUAUGGUUAUGCUGAUAAUAAAUGUAGAGAAAACAUGUUUUGUGUAACUAGGUUUCUAAGAAGCUGAUGUCAUUUUGAUUUGAUGGCUGUAAAAAUAACUAUGUUGUAAAAGUACACAAUCACUUGACGAGG